CUUACGGCGAAAACAUGCAGAGCGCGCGGCCCGACGCUACCGCUACGUUCAACCACGUUAUCUAACAUCUAUUUUAUCACCGGGCCACAUUUUAAAACACCAAUGUCAUUACGGUAACCUUCGCAUUCGCCCAAAUCAGUUUAACGCACGCGAAAACAGCCAUUCACUCAAUAUAAUGUCUAUGGUUUACAAGAAGUCCAUCGCUGCGGUGGACAAAUUAGUGCCGAAUAAAUUGAGGCCACUAUGGCAACAUCCCGCAGGUCCGAAAACAAUUUUCUUCUGGGCACCCGCAUUCAAAUGGGGUCUGGUGAUGGCUGGAUUAGCGGACUUGCAGAGACCGGCUGAAAAUAUCAGUGUGCCUCAGACCGCAGCUUUGGCUGCGACCGGACUGAUUUGGUCACGUUAUUCCAUGGUCAUCGUCCCGAAGAACUAUUCACUUUUCAGCGUGAACGUUUUUGUGGCUGUGACUCAAGUAUAUCAAAUGUACAGGGCAGUAAACUAUCGCAUGAACCUUCAGAAGCACGCCCAAGUUCAAUAAAGAAAAAAUAAUCUCUUUUAGAUAAAAUUUACAUGGUUGUAAUGUCGGGCGUAAUUUUUAUUGAUUGUUAAAACUUUUUAUAUGGUUAUAGGACAAUUUUUGUACAUAGUAACUACGGGUUAGUUUUUAAAUUUCUCGUUAAUCGUUAGGCCCCAUAUUUUUUUGUAAAUAUAUACUCAAUUAUAUUAUACAUCGAGGAAUAGAACUAUUAUAUUAUUUUUAUAAAAUGUACAUUAAAUAUCGAAUAUACAUAAUAUUUCAUAAA